AUGACCGUCAGGGAAUGUUUUGGAAUGGAGAUGCAUUGCAAAGACUGUCUUCUUGAGUAUCACCAUCACCUCCCAUUACACAUCAUGGAGAUGUGGAAUAGCUCAUUUUUUGAACAGGUAUCUCUGAAAACACUUGGCUUGCGCAUCCAACUGGGCCACAAUCUACGUGAUCGCUAUCUAAAUCCACGACCAUCUUCUGGCGAUGACUUUGUUGUGAUAGAUGUUAAUGGUAUUCACGAAGUCGCACUAGAUUUUUGUGAGUGCCCCACUGCACAAAUUCGGUAUAAGCAACUUCUCCAGGCUCAUUGGUAUCCAGAAACCACUACCAAUCCAUGCACCACUGCAACUUUUGGUGUCCUAGAACAUUAUCAUCUGCUUUCAUUUGAGUCAAAAGUGUCUGCAUAUGAAUUUUACCACAGCUUAGCAUGGUGCAGCAACAAUACAGGCCUAAUACCAAUCAGGGAUCGUUAUGCACCGUUCAUGUGCAUGAUUCACGAAUGGAGGCACUUGCGGCAACUUCGGCGUGCAGGGAGGGGGCAUGAUCCCAGUGGUAUCAAUGCCACACAAAAGGGCGAGCUCGCUGUAUUGUGUCCUGCAUGUCCGCAGCCUGGGAGAAACUUACCAGAAGGAUGGGAGAAUGCUGGACCAGACUCAAGGUGGUGUUAUGCACUUUUCAUUGCCAUGGAUGCAAACUUCCAGCUCAAAAGGAAAGCCGUUUCAAGUGACCAAGUGGACCCUGGCUUGAAUGCUGGCUGGGCUUACUUUGUUGAAGAAAGGCAAUAUAAAUCACACUUGAAUGAUUGCAUGAUUCAGCGGCAAGAGCACAGUAGCUGUGUCAGUCACAAUGCCAUCAAUAUGGCAGACACGAAGUCUUUGCAUGGUUUAGCUGCUACUGGGGUAGGGACUUGUCUGAACGAUGUGGGUGACCUCCAGAAGGGGGAGAGGUAUAUCAACAUGGAUUACCUUGUCUUAUCUACCUUGGCGAGUUCAUCGGUACCAGUACUCAAUACAAUGCCGACACACCUCCACCUCCCCCAUGAAAACCUCGACAUUCAUUAUUUUGUCCCAAAGUUCCAUAUUGGUGCACACAUCAAAGAGUGUCAAAUCGCAUUCUCUUGGAACUUUGGCAAAUUUGUCGGACGGACAGAUGGUGAAGCACCAGAACAAGGCUGGGCGAACAUAAACCAAGUCGCUUCAAGCACAAAGGAGAUGGGCCCUGGCACACAGCGCGAUACAUUGGACAAUUAUUUUGGUGAUUGGAAUUGGAAGAAGAUUACUGUGCUUGGACGAACUCUCAAACAUAAAAUGGUGGAUGCUGUCAAGUGGAAGAGCAAACAUUGUCGUGCUCUAGAUAAGCUCAAGGCAACGAUUCAUCCAUGUUUGGUUGUGCAAUGGAAGGGCGAAUUUGAGACAUGGGAGGAAGAUAACACAAAGCCCAAUCCUUUUCAAACAAUCACACUGGCAGCUGUGUGUUUACAGCUAGCUGACUUGGAAGCUUCCAAGUUGCAGGUGGGGAUCAACCAUUCGCUCCAUUGCAACAUAUCACCCAGUAUUCUUAUCAGCACGGGAUUAGAUUUAGAAGAACAGCAACAAUGUCUUCGCUGUGACACUGCCAACCUUUCCCUGCACCCCACUGACAAGCAAAAAGAGACGCUAACACACCACACCAACACAUUACAACGCAAGAUAGACACUUGGGCUCGUGUCCAGGAGUUAUACAUGCCCAUUGUACCUACACUUUGUUCAUCAGCGACGAAUCCUGCUGCACAAGAUGCCCUAAAGCCGCAGGAUUUCCCUCUUUACCUGCCAUCUGCACUUGAUAAUGCCCUUGAAUGUGAUCAACAGCUCUGUGAGUAUGAGUGGGAAAUGCACUAUGCCCAAGCUCUGGAUGCCCUAAAUGAGGUCAGAUCCCAUCUACACCUGCGCUCACACAUGUACAAGUUCAAGGAGAAAAAUUUACGAGGCCAGGCUGCUUCCACACGCGCUCAGGCCCUCAUCGCACACGUUGAGGCACGAAAGGAUGCUAGUGUUAGCAAGUACCGACGUGCUUGUGCUGCACUCAUUGCACUCAACCGUAAACUGGAGAAAGUUGGCUGGGAAUUCACAAUCCGCCCACUCCAAAAUGAGGAUAUUCGACCCAUGGGCGAUUUUGCUGGUGGCCAUUCACAAGGAACGGGGAUGCUAUCAUGGAUCUGGGUAGCUCAUCGAGCUGAUAAUAGUUGCACCGAGAAUGACAGAGUUCAAGACUGUGUCCAUAUUGAGUGGUGCAAGGCCAGAGCAUGCGCAUCUUGUUGGUCAGAAGAAGUCAAAUUGUUGCUCGAAGAGAUGCGAAGAGCAUGGCAGUGCCGUGCAACACUACACCAACUUAUGAAGCGCCAAGAACAAGAAGGACUUGCAGCCUACACAUUUUGCCAAGCAGGUUUGCAUGCUGAUAUGAGAUUAUCUUUCCAAGGUAUGUGGAAUGAUGUGCCAAUACUUGUAGCAUCGACGUUAGAUGCUGUGGAUGAUACUAUUAGCAAAGGCAACGAUGAAACGGACGAGGCUCCUUCCCUCCAUGCUCCACCUAGUACACACAAUUGUUAG